UUUGUCAGCCCUAUAUUAUCAAUCAAUCAGAGUCACUGUGCCACCUCAAAAUCUUCAUCUGAAAUCGAAACCACAGCUCAGCUGCUCCGUCGACGAUUGGCGACUCCGUAGCAGAUACUAUGAAGAUAUGAGCUUGCUAGAGUAUAUGAAGUAAGAUUGGUCAGUCAUCUCCAUUUAUGGGUUUACUUCAGUCAUCUCAGCUUCUAUGGAAUUAAAAAUUAUUGACCUGGAACCUAGCUCAAUUUUGUGCUUAGGUAUUCAAUUCUGAUUAGCCGACCCCAAGUGAUUGGGACAUAAGGCUCGGUUUGGUUUGGUUUAGGUAUUCAAUUCUGAUGAUUGAAUUUGGUCCUUUAUAGGUUUUCUUUUAUUGGAAGGGUUUAUUCCGUUGUGAAGGAAAAAGAAAGUUUCUUCAAUUGGAUAAUGAGUUUGGUGUACUUCUCUUAGAUGUUAAAAGAUUGCAUAUGGUAGAGUUUUCUAUGAGAGUGUUCAACUUCAAUCAGUUCUGAUAAUUGGGUUUUGUUUAGUCAUUGAAGCGUCAAUAGAAUUUAAAAUUGAGCUUUUGAUUUCUGGGAUUAAUGGGUUCUGUUUAAUUGAGCUUUUGAUUUCUGGGAUUAAUCUGGGGUUAAUGGGUUCUGUGGUGUGCUUGAUGAAUUUGUUUUUGUUUCGCUUACAAUUCCAUGUUUUUUGUGCUUCUUUCUUGUUCAAUAAACCUAGGAGAUGUGGAAUGGUUUUUAUUUUGAUAUGUAGCUUAUUAUAGUCAUACCUCUCCUUUUUUUCUUUUUCUUUUUUAUAAAUAUUAUAGUCAUACCUCCAUCAAUCAGCAAUCAGCAUUUAAAAUCAAUUGGGACCAAUGGGUUCUGCUCAGUUGGGUGCUCAGUGGUAUUAUGUCAUGGUAAAUGAUUUGUGUAUGCUUGCCAUCACAUAUUUUAAUAGUUGAGUUUCCUAGAGUUUCAAAUAAGAGUGUUUAUCGAUUGAUUCCUAUCCGAUUAAUGGUUUUUGUUCAGUUCAGUAUUGAUAUAAUGGAAAAUUGAGCUUGCGAUUUCUGGUUUAUGGGAAUAUAGUUGUGUUUUAACUAAUGGGUUCUGCUCAGUUUGGUGCAGUCUGUUCAGUGCUCAACGAAGCUGGGUUUAUGGACUGCAGUUUACUUCUGUAACUCUGUUAAAUAUUCACGACUGGUUUUGCCAGAGUUUGAGACAGAGACUGUGCUCAUCCAUUAUCUUAUUAAUGGGUUUCGUUGUGUAAUUUUGGUGCCAAUAGGUUUAAAAGUUACAACAUGUUGGUCGAGAAAUUUGCAAAAUGUUAAAGAUAGUAAUUUGUACUAGUAAAGUUACUUUGGAGACAUGUCAAUGGAUAUCAUGACAUUUUAUUUGAUAAAUUGCUCUAAGGAAAUCUUCAAUGCAGCUCUAUUUACAGGUCUGACAAUUUGUUGAUAUAUGUAAGAAUUUUUUCUCUGAAUACAAAGAUUUUAUGGUUGCCAAUAUAAGGGAUGUUUCUGGAUAUGUUGCAAAAGGACAUUUAUGAUGAACCUACUUGUGUUGUGUUGUAUUGUGAUUUUGAUGUGUUGUAAUUUGGCUUCUUUUCAGGUUUCAAUACCUCCUUUUAGAUUGGACAGAUAUUUGUAGUGUGUGAGAUCCCUUGCUUCCUUCAUUUUGAGUUUGUUAUUCCGAAAUCAAGAGGAGUUCUGAGUACAAUGGGAAGUAAUGGUUGUGAUGAAGUUAUGAUUUCUGGGAGCAACGAGUGUUCUGAAGCAACUGUUGAGAUAGAGAUAAAGAUAAAGACAUUGGAUUCUCAGACAUACACUCUGCGAGUGGAUAAAUGUGUGCCCAUACCUGCAUUAAAGGAGCAAAUUGCUACUGUUACUGGUGUAUUGUCUGAACAACAGCGCCUUAUAUGUCGCGGGAAAGUUCUGAAAGAUGAUCAGCUCCUGUCAGCUUAUCAUGUGGAAGAUGGUCACACUCUGCAUAUGGUUGUGAGACAACCAAUGCUACCUCCAUUGGGGAGUACUGAUCAUCCAGGAACUGAUCCAGCAUCGAGUAGCAGUCAAGGAAAUCAAGGAGGGCCCAGUGUAGUUCUUGGGAGCUUUAAUAUAUCUGAACAAGGAGAUGGUGUUCUUCCCGAUUUUGGUCGGAUUGUCUCUGCUGUUCUUGGCUCAUUCGGUAUCACUAAUUUUGGAAGUGGCAAUGAAGGGGCUGAUCUCAGGGAAGCUGCUCCAGAAGGCCUUUCAAGAAUACCCUUUGGUGGCUUAAGAAAUUCUAAUGGACAGCAAACUGACCAACCUGCCUCAAGGGGUCAAUCUGAUCCCCGCAAUGUUGCUUCUUCGUUUGCAACUUCCGUUCCGCUGGAGGAUCUGCACCCUCCUGUGAUUCCUGAUUCCGUGACAACAUUGUCCCAGUAUUUGACUCGUAUGAGGCAAGAAUUCAGUGGAAAUGUCAGAGGCCAGAGCAAUAAUUCUCAAGCUGCUGGUACCGGACAAGAUUAUGAUGCUGCCAUACGUUCAGCUGCUGGACGGGGAGGGCUCCCAACACCAGCUUCUUUGGCUGAAGUGAUGCUGUCAACAAGACAAAUACUCACCGACCAAGCUGCAGAUUGCCUGUCUCAACUUACAAGACAACUAGAGGAUCAAGCAAAUAUGACUGAUCCUUUGGCAAGGACGAGCAUCCAAUCCAAUGCAAUGAGAUCUGGAGUUCUUUUGCAAAACUUAGGUGCUUUGCUACUUGAGCUUGGCCGCACAACCAUGACAUUAAGAAUGGGCCAAACGCCGGGUGAUGCUGUCGUUAAUGCCGGUCCUGCUGUGUUUAUAUCAACGUCUGGCCCCAAUCCUAUAAUGGUUCAGCCACUUCCUUUUCAACCUGGGACAAGUUUUGGGGCAAUCCCAAUGGGAGCAGCACAACCUGGCUUGGGUUCUCUUGGAUCUGGUUUCCUUCCAAGGAAUAUAGACAUCAGGAUACGAACAGGUCCAUUAAUCCCCCCACCCAAUGCUAAUCAAAGGGAUUCAGCUGGUGCACAGCAGUCUCCAGUGCAAAGCAACUUAUCAACUUCUGGAGAUGGAAGUUCCAUUCAUCAAGCUGCUAGCGGACUUCAAUCUUCCACCAGGGAACCUCAAGUGAGGGUUGUCCCUAUCAGGACUGUGGUUGCAGCAGUACCUGCUUCUGUCAGGCGUUCCCCUUCUGAUUCAUCUCAUGGUUCAGUGGGGUUACUGUAUCCAGUUAUUGCGAGAGUUCAACACUUAGGUUCUGGAAAUUUGAAUAAUCUAAGCAGUUCUCAAGUACCUGACGAGCGUCUCUCUGCUGGUGUGGAGUCUAGGCAACAGCGCCACCCUGAUUCUGCAGCACCACUGCACAACAUUGGAAUACCUGGAGUGGAUGGUAACUCAACCAACGCUCCCGGUGAUGCAACACAAAAUGGUCAAGGAUACUCUACACAGAUUCCCAGCGGACUUGAUCAGUUACUGAGGUCCAUAUUUCCCGGAGUUGGUAACAUCAGCUUCCAGAGAAUGGAUACAAGUUCUGCUGCAGGUCACAUGGGACCAAGUCAGGGCACUACCACUACUCAGGAGGCUGCACCAGGAGAGGCUGCACCAAGAGCGGGUGAUGAAGGAAUUUUCUUGUCUAAUUUACUACGUCAAAUCAUGCCCAUUAUAUCUCAAAACACAGAAAUCCGGUCUAGUAGUGCACCACCAGAGGCAGGCAGUGAAACUAUGGAUACAACGAUACGAGCUUCUUCCACACAAGCUCAGGAGAAUUCAGAUAGGGGGACCUUGUCAGAUCGGCGUGGCGACCCACCAUCACCGAGCUCCAAACGUCAAAGGAGGGAGUGAUUUAUCCCUAAGGCCCGCGAUAAUGACCCCAGACACAAGACAACUGCAAGUUCGGAAUUCCGGAAGUUCAAAAGCAGCUACAGUUCAUAUGUGAGGCAGAUAACUAUAUAAGAAUUAAAGAGAUUGUAUUGUACCUUUUUUUUAUCGCGUUACUUUACUGUAUGCAAAUUUUUGGUUGUGUGUAUCUAUUUGUUUAUUGUUCCUCUGGGUGUAUUGACAUUAGCACACUGAACCAUUUGAAAUCUACUGUGCAUGAUGUCCUUGCAGGAAUUGUUGUUUAGAGAAUUUGGUUUGCUCA